AUGACGCUUUGCGCGCUAGCUUUUUUGCUGCACGCGUUUCUUGUGGUGUCUCUCUUUUGUAUAGGUAGUUCCAAAUUGGUGUCAUCCAUGUCCAAGAGAUGUUGGGGUGUCGGUGGGUCAUCUAGAUGGAUGGGAAUUGGUGCCACUGAAGAAGCUGAUUUUUCACGGGAAGCAGGGGUCUCCUUCCGCUUUCCUUUGGAACCAUUCUGGGAUUUGCUACGGAAAAUGGUUUUGGCCACAUUUAUCUCAACCUUACUUCUAAUAGCACUAGCCUCUAAAAUCAUUCGUUAUUGGCUCAUAGGAAAGUCUCUCUCUUUGCACAAGAACAAGGAGCUUCCACCUGGCCCACCAAGGUGGCCAAUUGUAGGUAACCUCCUCCAAUUAGGGAAACUCCCACAUAGAGAUUUGGCAUCUUUAUGUGACAAGUAUGGUCCUUUAGUUUAUCUGAAAUUGGGUAACAUUGAUGCUAUUACUACUAAUGAUUCUAAUAUUAUACGUGAAAUACUUCUUUGCCAAGAUGAUGUUUUUGCCUCUCGACCACACACUCUUGCUGCUGUUCAUUUAGCAUAUGGGUGUGGUGAUGUUGCACUAGCCCCUCUAGGUCCUCAUUGGAAGCGUAUGAGAAGAAUUUGCAUGGAACAUUUGUUAACAACCAAGAGGCUUGAAUCCUUCUCAAAACAUCGUCAAGAUGAAGCACAACAUCUUGUCAAGUAUGUUUGGGCUCGGGCCCAAACAGGAAAGCCUAUUAACUUAAGGGAAGUUUUAGGUGCUUUCUCAAUGAACAAUGUUACUAGAAUGUUGUUAGGAAAACAAUACUUUGGGUCUGAAUCUGCUGGCCCCAAAGAGGCUAUGGAGUUCAUGCACAUAACCCAUGAGUUGUUUUGGUUGUUGGGUGUGAUAUAUUUAGGUGACUACCUUCCAAUGUGGAGGUGGGUGGAUCCUUAUGGGUGUGAAAAGAAAAUGAGGGAAGUGGAAAAAAGAGUGGAUGACUUUCAUUCCAAGAUUAUUGAAGAGCAUAGAAAGGCUAGGAAGGAUAAGAAGGGGAUAGCUGAGGAAGGUGAAGAAGAUAUGGAUUUUGUGGAUGUUUUACUCUCUUUGCCAGGUGAAGAUGGAAAACCACGCAUGGAUGAUGUAGAAAUCAAAGCUUUGAUUCAGGACAUGAUAGCUGCUGCAACAGAUACUUCAGCGGUUACAAAUGAAUGGGCAAUGGCAGAGGUAAUAAAGCAUCCACAUGUUCUCCACAAAAUCCAACAAGAGCUUGAUGCAGUAGUUGGUCCCAAUAGAAUGGUAACAGAAUCUGACUUGACCCAACUUAAUUACCUACGAUGUGUUGUGCGCGAAACAUUCCGUAUGCACCCAGCAGGGCCAUUCCUUAUUCCACAUGAAUCUCUUCGUGCUACUACCAUCAAUGGUUACUACAUACCUGCCAAGACACGUGUCUUCAUCAACACCCAUGGUUUGGGACGUAACACUAAGAUUUGGGACAAUGUUGAAGAGUUUAGGCCAGAGAGACAUUGGCUAGGUAAUGGGACUAGAGUUGAGAUAAGUCACGGAGUGGACUUCAAGAUAUUACCUUUUAGUGCGGGAAAGAGGAAGUGUCCUGGGGCACCACUUGGAGUGACUUUGGUUUUAAUGGCUUUGGCUCGACUCUUUCAUUGCUUUGAUUGGGCACCACCAAUGGGUUUAAAUCCUCAAGAUAUAGAUACUAAAGAAGUUUAUGGAAUGACUAUGCCUAAGGUUGAGCCCUUGAUUGCUGUUGCUAGACCAAGAUUAGCAAAGCAUUUGUAUAAUUAGUUU